CACGAGAUGCCUUAGGCUUAGAACUCCUCACAAACAAUUACAACUACAACAAGAACUCCCUCCAACCCCACAAACGCAUCCGGAUAGUCGCUCCAUAGUCUUGUAUUCCUCUCACUCCCCUUCACCUUUGUCCUCAGGCCCCCCUUCUCUCCACAAAUCGGCACAAAGGUACACUUGCCUCCCGCCUCCUCACCAGACAAUGUCGACAACUGAAGAUAGAAAACGCAAGAAGCCCCAAGAAAAGGAAUCGCAGACCAAUUCGCCCAAGCGGCACAAAAGCGAACCUGUCUCUCCUCCCUCUGGGAACACAAAAAAGCCUGAGAUAGACCCAUCAAAAAAUCCCUAUCUCGCUCAUACGUACCCCGCGGAAGAGAACAAGAGCGAUUGGGGGCCCUUGGCCGGAUUCAAGCGACACCGCACGACAACGAAGAUGGCGAACAUUGCCGAGGAUGGCCCUUUUAAUCCGUUUAGCGGGAAUAAAUUGAGCGACCGUUACUUCAACAUUUUGGAGGGAAGAAGAGAACUACCUAUUGCCGCACAGAGGGAUGAAUUUUUGAACAUGUUUCACAAGUCCCAGACCAUGACCACCCAAAUCCCCCAGUAUGUUCUAUUCGACGAUCUUCCUCACUUAAAUGGUUAUAAGCAGGUAGCAUGUACCCAACCCCGCCGAGUAGCUGCCAUGUCUGUGGCAAAACGUGUGGCCGAUGAGAUGGAUGUCGAGUUAGGCCACGAGGUUGGCUAUAGUAUUCGUUUUGAGGAUAAAACCAGCCCAAACACUAUCCUCAAGUACAUGACAGACGGUAUGUUACUUCGGGAAGCCAUGCACGACCACCUACUUGAACGCUACUCCUGCAUUAUUCUCGACGAAGCACACGAGAGAACUCUAGCAACAGAUAUUCUUAUGGGACUACUUAAGAAUGUGGUAGAAAGGCGCCCGGAUUUAAAGCUCAUUAUCAUGUCUGCUACUCUCGACGCCCAGAAGUUUCAACAUUAUUUCAAUGACGCUCCAUUGUUGGCAGUUCCUGGUCGCACUCACCCUGUCGAAAUUUAUUACACUCCGGAACCUGAGCGGGACUACCUGGAAGCUGCCAUACGUACCGUGCUCCAGAUCCACACGACUGAACCGGAAGGUGAUAUUCUUCUGUUCCUCACAGGUGAAGAGGAGAUCGAGGAUGCUUGUCGGAAGAUCAAUGCAGAGGUUGACUUGCUCGUAAGAGAGGCAGACGUUGGGCCUCUAAAAUCUUAUGCUCUUUACGGCACUCUCCCCCCCCAACAGCAGCAAAGGAUUUUUGAACCUGCCCCGUCUCCAUUCAAGCCAGGUGGACCGCCUGGACGCAAGGUUGUUGUAUCCACAAAUAUCGCCGAGACCUCAUUGACAAUAGACGGAAUAGUGUACGUGGUGGACCCAGGAUUUAGCAAGCAGAAGGUCUACAACCCGCGUAUCCGCGUUGAGUCCUUACUUGUUUCACCUAUUUCCAAGGCUUCUGCGCAGCAACGCGCUGGUCGUGCUGGUAGAACUCGACCUGGUAAAUGUUUCAGACUUUACACCGAGUCCGCAUUCAAGAAGGAACUCAUUGAUCAAACAUACCCCGAAAUCCUGCGCAGCAAUCUCGCAAAUACCGUAUUGGAGUUGAAGAAGCUCGGCAUCGACGACCUAGUCCACUUCGACUUCAUGGAUCCUCCUGCCCCAGAAACUAUGAUGAGAGCCUUGGAAGAACUGAACUACCUCGCCUGUCUCGACGAUGACGGAAACCUCACCACCCUCGGUAAACUCGCAGCAGAGUUCCCCCUAGACCCCGCUCUAGCUGUAAUGCUCAUCAGUUCCCCGGAGUUCUUCUGUUCGAACGAGAUACUCUCCCUGACCGCCCUCCUAUCAGUCCCACAGCUCUUCGUCCGUCCCUUAAAUAAUCGCCAGCGCGCCGACGAGAUGAAAAAACUAUUCGCGCACGAGGACGGCGACCACCUCACAAUGCUAAAUGUCUAUCACGCCUUCAAGCAGCAGGAUAGCCAACCAGCCUGGUGCCGCGAGCACUUCCUCAGCUAUAGAGCCCUACAGAGCGCAGAUAACGUGCGCGCUCAACUACAGCGCAUAAUGGAAAGACUAGAGAUCCCGCUUGUCAGCACGGACUUUUCCGAGAAGUCCUAUUACGAGAACAUCCGCAGAGCCCUUGUUUCUGGCUUCUUCAUGCAAGUCGCCAUGAAAAACUCCCCUGGGAAGGCGUACAUCACCGUUAAAGACAACCAGGACGUCCUAAUCCACCCCAGUACAGCCUUGGAAAAAGAUUCCCCAUGGCUCGUCUACAACGAGUUCGUCCUCACGACAAAGAGCUUUAUCCGCACGGUCACCCACAUUCGCCCUGAGUGGCUGCUGGAGAUUGCGCCGGGCUACUAUGAUGUCAAGGACUUUCGCGAGGGUCCCGUUAGGACCGGGCUGGAGAGAACAAUGGAUAAGGUUCGGAAGAGGAAUGCUUUGAAGAGGAGAUAGACUUAUUAUAUUGCUUGCUUUCUCCACCUUUUUACCACUUACUCCCGCAUAGUGUUUCUCAUUUUUGCAAAAAUGGCCGUUAUGUUCCUAUUGCUAGUGUUUUCUCUUCUUCUCUGUCUACCACUGCGUGGACAUUUAUACUUUGAAAUGGUGGACGGCUGGAGCAUUUGCUAUUAUUUCCGCGCAGUAACUUACAGUAACUCGGUUGUUUCUAGAGUGUUGAUACAAUGUCACUCGAUAGACAUGUUUAACUGAACUCGGGCUCUUUUUGCGAAAUAUAGGGGUGGCUGUGCUAUUUGGUGUUUGUUAUGGGGUAUCAGAGCUUUUAAGAGUUGCUGUAGGGAUGCUGUCUUGAGCAGACUGCCUUGUGGGCUAAAUAGACCUUGUUACACAAGAGAGAAAUUGAAUCAUGUCACGUCACAAG